CGCCUGGGUCUGCGCCGUACUCAAGUACGCGAUGGGCCUGCUCUUUUGUGAUGUGAGCAUUCCUUGUUCGCUUUACAUCGCUCGCCAUGGUCGCCUUUUCCCGGCUGUCUGUUGCUUCGGCACUUCUAGCACAACAUGUCUUCGCCGGGCGCAACUUGAUCACACGCAAUGAGACGCAAGAUUUCACAACUAGUCUGCUGCAAGAGUCAAUGGACUGGAUGGACAUGUACUAUGACAAUGAACGAGGAUAUCUGUUCGACUUGGACGCGGCUGCUAUGGUGCACGAUACGAGGUCGAGCGCUUGGUAUGCCGCGGGUCUGCUCGCACGCAACGAGAACGACGAUGUGGAGCAGGCGGUCAGAAUUGUGACCAACAUUAUCCAGGGCCAAUUCAAGAACGAGAGCGAGCAGUGGUACGGCGAUUACCAAAAAUAUCCCGAGGAGCCCUAUGUCGGUACGCCAGAAUACCCAGCCUCAAUCUACAACUCGUGGGACCCCAACUGGCGCGGCUUCAUUGGCACCACGUUUGUCAUUAUGCUCGAGGAAUUCCCGCAUCUCCUCCCGCAGGACACGACGGCGUAUAUUCUCGAGAGUCUGUACAAUACGACUAUUGGUGAUAGCUAUCGCGUCGGUGGUGUCGAUGAUGACAAUUUGUACCCUGCAUACAGCAAUCCGUCCAUCAUGCGCGCCUUUGUCUCUGGAUACAUUGGCCGACGCCUCAACGACGCAAACAUGACGAGCGCUGGCGAAGCCUACGCCAAAGACAUUAUCGACCUGUUCACCCGCGAUAACACACUCUCUGAAUUCAACUCUGGCACCUACGCCGGCGUCUCGCUGUACGCGCUUACCCUAUGGGCCAAGUACCUCGAUCCCGCUGACAGCAUCAUGGGCGAGUACGGCCCCCGCAUGAUCCGCGAUACAUGGGCUAUUCUCGGCCAACUCUACAACGCAAACUUGAAAAACGUCGCCGGGCCCUGGGAUCGUGCGUACGGCUUCGACAUGAACCGGUACUUGAGCAUCCUAGCCCUGCACAUGUGGACAUUAGUAGGAAAAGAGAAAGCGCCAAUCCACAAGAAACCCUGGGUCAUGGGUCAUAAAAACGACUUUGCCAUCGGGCCCCUCGUCGCUAUCCUCGCCCCGUUCCACAACGCUCUCGUGCCCAAUACUACGCUCUCUUCCCUCACCACCUUUCCGGCUACGCACUCCGUUUCCACCUCCGCGUUCUCGCCCCCAUACGAUACCUACCCGCGCAACAUCUCCGCAUGGCUCUCCCCCUCGCUAACCAUCGGCGCAACCUCCUUUUCCGAAAACGUAAUCGGCGGGCCAAGCAUCAACCAGAACUCCUUCAACCCAGCCGUCGUCCAGUGGGCGCGGUCUGAGCAGGAGAAAGACGGCGUGGGCUGGAUUACCUUGUAUGCGCAGACGAAAGCGCUACAGGCUGUUGUUGGUCCGGGGAGUUUGGAACUCACGUAUCCCAAUGGUGCGGGGGGCGAGACUGGGUUUUCGUUUCUCGUCGCGCCGAACGGGUGGGCGGGUAAGAGGGAUGUUCGCAGUUGGGAGGAUGUGCAAGGGAUCAAGGUGAAGAAUGUGACUGGCACGGUGAAUUUGGAGUAUGCGGUUACGUUUAACGGGAUGUUUGGCGGGGCUGGAAAGACGAUUAAUGACUUUGAGUUUUGGAACUUUACCUACACCAUGCCUGAGGGCAGCAAGGAGGUGCCGAGGAUUCGGCUUGAGUUUGAAGUCGUCUAGGCGAGUGGACAUGGAGAGGAGAGAGAGAGAGAGCAUGGUAAUGGUGGUAUUAUGAGAAUAUCACAACGCUGCACAUAGGCAUCAUGAUGACAAGAUAUGAAUAUACAUAGUAAUAUUGAAAAUCGUAAUUGUUGAAUAAUAAGUUUACC